UAUUUAUUCGCUUCUGUUCUCCAAGCCCUAAUUCCAAAAACCUUUCCCUCUCCAAUUUUUUUAUUUCACAAGCGAAAGUGAGGGUUUAUCAGAAGGGAAGAAAGAAGCGAGAGUGGAGCAAAGAGACAGCAACUUUUUUGUAGGGGCAAGAACAGAUGAAGGAGGAGGAAGUGGAGAGGCUGAGGGGAUUGGUGAGGGAUUGCCUUAGCAAACAUCUCUACUCUUCCGCCAUCUUUUUUGCUGAGAAGGUGGCGGCGGCAACUUCUGAUCCCGCCGACAUUUACAUGCAGGCUCAGGCCCUCUUCCUUGGGCACCAGUACCGCCGCGCCCUCCACCUACUCAACUCCUCUUCCAUCGUCCUUCGCGACCUGCGCUUCCGCUACCUUGCCGCCAAGUGCCUCGAGGAGCUGAAAGAAUGGCACCAGUGCUUGACGAUGCUUGGCGAUGCUAAAGUGGAUGAGCACGGAAACGUUAAUAGCCCGAAGGAUUGCAGUCCUAUGUACUUGGACAAGGACGGAGAGGAUCAUGAAAUCAACAUUACUGCAGCAGUUUGUUAUUUACGUGGCAAGGCAUAUGAAGCUUUGGAGAACCGUAUCCAAGCAAGAUUAUGGUACAUAGCAGCUGUCAAAUCCGACCCUUUUUGUUAUGAGGCUUUAGAAAGUUUGGUUGACAAGUACAUGCUAACAUGUGAAGAAGAAUCAAGCCUGUUAUCAUCUCUUCAAUUUGUCAAGGAGGAUGGGUGGCUUUCAACAAUUUAUUCAUGUUUAGUGAAGAAGCAUGACAAAGAAAAUGUUGUGGAAGCAAAGCUUAGAGAUAUUGAGAGAGACAACCCUUGCACUACUUCUAGUUCACCCUUCAUGCUUGUGCUAAAAGAUAAUGCUGAUUUAUUGGCUUGCAACGCUGAGUACUAUUAUCAGUGUGGAGAGUAUCACAAAUGUUUUGAGUUCACCUCUUUGUUACUCACCAAAGACCCUUUCCAUAUGAAAUGCACUUUAGUUCAUUUAGCUGCUGCUAUGGAGCUUGGGCACUCUAAUGAUCUUUAUCUUCUGGCUUGCAAUUUGAUAAAGGACCAUCCUCAAAAAGCUAUUUCAUGGUUUGCCAUCGGUUGCUACUACUUCAGCAUAAAGAAGUACGACCAAGCAAGAAAACAUUUCAGCAAAGCGACUAGUGUAGAUGCCACCUUUCCGCCUGCUUGGAUAGGUUCUGGAAAUGCUUAUGCUGUACAAGAAGAGACUGAUCAAGCAAUGCUUGCAUAUCGCACUGCGGCUCGUUUAUUUCCUGGGUGUCAUCUAGCAACAUUAUAUAUUGGGAUGGAAUACAUGAGAACGCACAAUUUCAAACUUGCCGAACAGUUCAUUUUGCAGGCAAGGACAAUAUGCCCUUCAGAUCCUCUGGUGUAUAAUGAACUUGGAGUUGUUGCUUAUCAUAUGAAGGAGUAUCCGAAAGCUGUUCAAUGGUUUGAAAUGACUUUGGUUAAUGUCGCAUCUUCAAUGAAUGAAAUGUGGGAGCCAACCUUGGUGAAUCUUGCUCAUGCACAAAGAAAGCUAAAGAUGUAUCACAAGGCUGUAUCGAAUUAUGAGAAAGCACUUGUUCUUUCCACUCGAAGCUUGAGUGCAUUUGCUGGUCUUGCAUAUACUUAUCAUCUAAUGGAUAACUUGGAUGCUGCCGUUACCUAUUAUCACAAGGCUCUAUGGCUGAAGCCGGAAGACCAGUUUUGCACGGAAAUGCUAACGAUGGCACUGGAGAUGCAAGGGCGAGGCAUGUACCUGACAUGAAUUCCAAUGAUGUUUUAUAUGGAUGUAAUAUUUUGUAUGAGAAAGGAAUGUUUUAUUUAUUUGUUUAUGUUUUUUAAUUAUUAAAUUAUCAUUUUUUUAUGAUAAUGACUCAUUGAUUUUGUUUUUUCUGAUAGCAACCUUAAAGAAUGUGGUUCUGAUU